UCAUUCUCUUCCUGUUAUUGAUAAAGUUACAGUAACUGAACUCCAGAAUGAGCGGCAGAGGCAAAACCGGCGGCAAAGCGAGAGCGAAAGCCAAGACUCGCUCCUCCAGGGCAGGACUGCAGUUCCCCGUCGGUCGUGUUCACAGGCUUCUCCGCAAAGGCAACUACGCAGAGCGCGUCGGUGCCGGUGCUCCUGUUUAUCUGGCGGCUGUGCUCGAGUAUCUGACCGCUGAGAUCCUGGAGUUGGCUGGAAACGCCGCUCGGGACAACAAGAAGACCCGCAUCAUUCCCCGUCACCUGCAGCUGGCGGUGCGCAAUGACGAGGAGCUGAACAAACUUCUGGGCGGAGUGACCAUCGCUCAGGGCGGCGUGCUGCCCAACAUCCAGGCCGUGCUGCUGCCCAAGAAGACCGAGAAGCCCGCCAAAUCCAAAUAAACCAGCUCCAGUCUCUCAUUACACCCAAAGGCUCUUUUAAGAGCCACUCA